UUUUACGAACGCGGCCGAUUCGCGCGCGUACUCGUCCCACUCAGAAAACAUUAAAAUUCUACAUAGAAUAUUAUGUAACACCUUUUACAUAUUUUUUUUACAUAAAAAAAAUAAUAGAGAAAUGUUAGUUUUACAAUCCAGUGGUGUGAUAUACGAAAUAUUGUGUUAAUAGUGAGUGAAAACUUACGAAAUGUUGAAACGGCAUAUAUUGAUUUUCCACUGACAAGAAGAUUUAACUUUGUAUGCGGAAUUGUGUUAUUAUUAGUGUAAUGCAUAAAUAAUUUACUAAGUGCGCUAUUUUGUUGCGUGAAGUGUAAAUAGAUAAAAAAAAAAUUUGAUAAUUCAACGGCAUGACCGUCCGUAUUUCUCAUGUCGACUUGCGGCAUUCGAAUUUUGAAUAAUAACAGCCAAAGAUGAGUGCGCGUGAAUCACAGACCGUUAUAUGACCAAAAGUGUUUCUGACCGAGCCCAUUUCUGACCGAGAUAUGACCCGUUCUGUUUCUGACCGGAUACCGUGAAGAAGAUGGAGAGUGGGGGCACUUCGACGGCCACAGAGGCCUACCAGUAUGUCGGCCCCUUCAGAUUGGAAAAGACUCUCGGAAAGGGACAGACAGGUCUAGUGAAGCUGGGUGUCCACUGCGUGACGGGAAAGAAGGUGGCUAUAAAAAUAAUAAAUAGAGAAAAACUUAGUGAAUCUGUUCUAAUGAAGGUCGAAAGAGAAAUAGCCAUUAUGAAAUUGAUAGAACACCCACACGUAUUAGGCUUGUCUGAUGUAUAUGAAAAUAAGAAAUACUUAUACCUAGUACUAGAGCAUGUGAGUGGUGGUGAACUAUUCGACUACUUAGUGAAGAAAGGCCGACUAACGCCAAAGGAGGCGCGCAGGUUCUUUAGGCAAAUAAUUUCAGCGCUUGAUUUCUGUCACAGUCAUUCCAUAUGCCAUCGCGACUUAAAGCCGGAGAAUCUUCUACUGGAUGAACGGAAUAACAUAAAAAUUGCGGACUUCGGCAUGGCUUCCCUCCAACCGGCUGGUUCUCUUCUCGAAACGUCCUGCGGCAGCCCACAUUACGCCUGCCCCGAAGUGAUACGGGGUGAAAAAUAUGAUGGACGCAGAGCGGACGUGUGGUCUUGUGGUGUCAUACUCUAUGCACUACUCGUCGGGGCUUUGCCCUUUGACGACGAUAAUUUGCGUCAAUUAUUGGAAAAGGUGAAGCGUGGUAUGUUCCAUGUGCCACACUUUGUGCCACCAGAUUGCCAGCAAUUGCUUCGGGGGAUGAUAGAAGUCAACCCAGAAAAGAGGAUGACGUUAGCAGAAAUCACACGGCACCCGUGGGUGACGGCGGGUGGUCGCGGCGAGCUGGAACAGGAGUUACCCAUGAUGGAGGUGGUGCAGACGAGGGUACUGCCAUCUGCUGAGGCCAUCGACCCUGAUGUUUUACAGGCCAUUUGCAGUUUAGGUUGUUUCAAACAACGCGACAAGUUAAUACAAGAGCUACUCAGUCCGCACCAUAACACGGAGAAGGUUAUAUACUUUUUGCUGCUGGAGCGCAAGCGGCGGCGGCCGGCGCGGGACGACGAGCCGCGCCCUCUGGCGGCCGCCGCGCCGGACGCGCCGCGCAAGCGGCUAGACACGUGCCGGGUAAAUGGCCAGUCAGCACACUUCGGUCAGAUCAGCGAGGGGUCACCUAUUACGCCACGAAGAUCACAGUUUAGGUUUGGUCGCAGCAGGUCAGCGUCGGGUCGCCGCCCAGAGGGUAGGAGUUCGCCACAGUUGCCGGCAAGUCCACCAGCUGGUCACACGCCGCAUCGGGUCUCGUCCCUCGGAGGCACGCCCGCCACUCCUGGGUCUCCAUUAGCAUCACCGUCCGUUCGUGAACACCACCAUCAAAGGGCUAAUUCCACGGGACCCACAAUCAGCCUUAAUAUAAGCGGCGAGCCGGGUGAAGCGGUGAUUAUAAUAAACGAAUCACCAAUAAUGGGCUCCUCGGUCGCCGUGAGACCUCACAGUCCGUCACAAUCACAUAGAGUGAGAGAAAGAUCGUCAUUACCCGGCCCGCCGAGUUCUCAAUCUACAGCGCAGCCGGCGCUAUUCCCCAACUUGGGGACUAUGACGGGCGUAUCCCCUGGUAGUACGUGCGGGGCGGGUGUAGGUGGCGCGGGCGGCGCGGCGGCGCCGUGGCGCGUGCGGCUGGCCACCAUCAAGAACUCCUUCCUCGGCUCGCCGCGCUUCCAUCGACGGAAACUGCAAGCAUCUUCAGAAGAGGUCCACCUGACUCCGGAAUCAUCGCCAGAGCUAACCAAACGAUCCUGGUUUGGCUCGCUGCUACUAUCAGCUGACAAGGAGGAAACAUUCACGGCUUUGGUGAAGGGAAAACCAUUGGCCACAGUCAAAGCGGACUUAAUACAUGCAUUUCUUAGUAUAGCGGAGCUGUCGCACAGCGUGCUGAGCCCGAUGUCGUUCCGCGUCGAGUACAAGCGCGGUUCCAACGCGCCCGCCAUGUUUCAACGACACGUCCGGUUCCAGGUCGACAUUUCGACAAUUACAAAGGCGCCGGGCGAGAACGGGAAAGAAUAUUUAUAUGCCAUCACAUUCACGUUAUUGUCAGGCAACAUCCGGCGGUUCCGGCGCGUGUGCGAGGUGGUGCAGGCGGCCGUGUGCCGCGCGCCCGGCGCCGGCCGCGCGCCCGCGCUGCACGCGCCGCACGCGCCGCCCGAGCCGCGCGCGCAGCGCCGCGCCCUGCACCCGCACGCGGUGGGCGAAAUACCAGACAGUCCGGAGACACCUCAUCAACAGUCGGACCACGACAGCGACUCAUCGGUGUUCGACACGGUGAAGAGUCCCACCAGCCACACGUCCAUCGAUCAGCUUGACCAGAACGGUACCCACCCACUCGGUUCCAGUUCGUCGGUUACGAGCGGAUCGAGCGGCUAUAAACAAAGUGUACGGGGGCGGCGCGCCGCCGAGCCGGCCUCCGCCUCCCUCGACCACGAGAUCAUGAGCUGCGGUCGCGACCUGCCUGCAGGCACGCACACGAAGCGGUCGUCGUCGGAGUGCCGCGAGGCGGGCGCGUCGCCGCGGCGCGGGCUGGGCGCGCGCGAGCCGUCCGCGCGCGACGAGCUGCGCCGCAACAACUCGCUGCGGGACACGCGCCCGCCCGCGCCCGCCUCCGCCUCCGCCUCCGCCUCCGCCUCCGCCGCCGCCGCGCCGCCCGAGCGCGCGUGAUCGCUGCGCCGCCUCCGGUAGGCUGCCUCCGCCGGCUGUCCGUGCUCUGUCGCGUGAUUGGACGUUACGAGUUUGCCGCCACGUUCGUUUCUAUCUUUCUCGCUAGUACGCAAAUUCACACCGACCGGAGCGCGUCGCCGACGCUGUGGGACGGGUGGCGACCGUGAUCGUAAGUGCCUGCCAGCUAUGUUUUAUUCGAAGUUGUCAUUUCUUAAAUUAUAUAAUUUUGUAAACGUACAGAAUUAUGUAAAAAUAUUCAACAGUUUCUGUUUCGGGUGUGUUUUUAAAGUGACAAUAUUUUCUUGGCGUAUAUGUAUUGCGUUGUAAAUCCAUGAUGUCUCCCGCGCUCUGUUCGGUGUGAAUUGGGCCUAUAAAUACAAUUGUUAACAGUAGUGAAAAUAAUACUCGUGAGAUAUGUCAGCAAUGAACGUGUUUGUUAGUGUGAGACGCAACGUGCACAAAAGGAAGAGUUAGCCGAAAGGCUUGAUUUUAUACAAGUAAGUCGAAUUGGACUGUACUUCCAAAUUUAAAACAUUCUUGAUACUUGUGAUGUGGGUUCUUUCGUUAAGAGUGUUCAUAACGCUCGCUUAUGUUUUGCUUACGUGACAAUUAUCUGUCAAUUUUAAAAAUAAUUUAACAGUUUUCACUCUCACUGAUGUUUUAAAAAGUGCUCUGUAAACGAACUUUACUCUCCGUUUCUCGUAAAAUACGAGAACUAAAUGAUACCUGAAUGAUAAAAACCAAAAAAAGAUAAAUUUUUACAGUAACGUCAUAUUUUGCUUUGUUAUUUUUCAAAUUCAUUUGUGCAAUCUAAUUCCAAAUUUUUACUAAUAAAUUAAUAAAAAUAUUAUUACAGUUUUAUUCGUAAGCAAAGCUCUUUUUAAACAUUCAAUCAAAAACAUUGAAAAUGCUUUGUUUUUGAAAAUUGUCAGAUAAUUGCGAUGUUGCCACAUUCGGUAUAAACCGUAUUCGUUCGAGUUUUUAAUCUACUUUCUGAGUACUUGCAAUUUUUUUCCUAUUUAUGAAGAGCAUUGUAAUAUUUUUUAACUACUUGAUAUAAAAUUUACCCACGCCUCAAGUUCAACAUUGUUUCCUAAUGAUUUCUAAGUAUAUAAAGAAAAAUAGUUUACACAAAAGCUUCCUAUUUGACACCACUUUCGCAAAAACUCGAUGACAAUUGUGCAUUUUUUGGUAAUAAAAUAUUACAAAAUUGAAGGUCUAAAGCCAAAUUUUAAGUAAAUCACUUAAAAGGACGUUUUAUACUUUAAUACUGCGCUAAGCUCAUUUCAUCAUCAAUUAUAUAUGUUUAUGGCAAGCUGUAUGUAAAUCUUUACGUAGGUUAAGUUUGUGAUAGUGUGAAGUAUCAGUACUAAAGUAGCUGAGUGUGAAUUCACUUUUGUUAAAUAUAAUAUCAAAUUGAUAUGCCGUGCGCUGUAUUUUAGUAUGAAUUGAUCCUAAAGAUGUCACUCUCAUAUUGUUGUAUUUUAUUUUGAGUUAAUUUAGGAACUUUGUAUUCUGAACGAACUAAACACAUAACAGAGAUGUUUCCUCCCACGAACACUCUUUUUUUAUAUACUAUACAACUAAGAAUGGCAAACAAGCCGACGCCCCACCUGAUGGAAAGUGGUAACCGUCGCCUAUAGACAUGAGCAGUACAAUGGACAUAACAGAGUAUACUGUUUCGCCCAUGAUACCCCCAUGUGCCCAUUCCUGAGGACUCAGAUGUUACUCCUCUGUACCCUGUAAAUUCACGCCACUCAGGUUACGGAAUGAGCUUCCUGCCGAGGUUUUCCCAAGAGAUUACAGCAUGGGGUUCUUCAAAAGGAGGUUAAAGAGAUUUCUUCAGGGUCGGCAACGUGCGCGUAAUACCUCUAGUAUUGCAGGUGUUCGUAGGCUACGGUAACCACUUACCAUCAGGUGGACCGUAUGCUUGUUUGCCACUUCAGUGGUAUAAAAAAAAAUUAUAAAUAAUUAUCUUAAUCUAAGACCUGAAAAGGAAAAAAAAUUCAAUACUUUCAUAAACUCCAUAAAAUAUAGUACUAAAUAUAAAAUGCCUUUAGACUUUAAAAACUAUAUAUAAAUAAUACUAUCACCAAAUUGUAGAACAAAAAUGAGAGUGACAUAAGAUCAGAUUUUAAUGUGAUAUAUUUAUAUACAAAUAAAAUUAUAGGAUCGAGCUGUGUUUUAAAUUGUAUAUAAGGCGGGACUGCCUUUUCAAUAUCCCAGAUUUAAGAGAAAAUAUAAUCUGAAGUGAAGAUAUACGGUUUUAUGUGAAAGUGUACACUUAUUUCGAAACGGACAAUAUGUUUUUUAACAUUGCGGUAGCUUAUACAAAUCCUGGUUAUCAAUAAACAUAUAACCAAAUAUAGUUGCCGCCAUAUUUUUUUUUAAUCCAAAAGUAAUAAAUAUGUGGCGUAUAUCCAAUAGUUUUCUAUCUCGCUUACUCUUAGGGGCGAACAAAAAUGAGUUCAAGUUAAAUCCUAUAUCUAUGUGGUAGUCUCCAUCUUUUAGAGAUUGCUCGUCACAAUCACAGUAAUUAGAUUUCUUUUAUUUGAUUUUUGCAUAAUUCAUGUUUUGUAUUUUUUACUGUAAAGUAUGACAUAAUUAUGUCAUAUUUUAGCUUUCACUCAUACAAGCGUAAUUUUAGCGUUGAAGCUACGCUUUGGAAACUUUAUAUUGUGAAGUGUAUAUAAAAAAAAGAAAAAACAAAUUAUACUCACAUUCUCAUCGUUAAUAAACGAGAGUUAAUGCUAGGGCUUAUGAUUGGGGGGGAAGUGACCAAUACGGUGUUAAAUAAAUCAGUAAUUGAUGAUGCUAAUACAUAUGAACGCAAUCAACUUAUUUUUCAAAUAUAAUUAAUGGUAUAGUAUUUUUAUAAAAACAAUAUAGUAUAUUAAAAACAAUAAAAUAAAUAACAAGGCUCGAUCCGUAUUAAAUAAAUCCACAAUAAUUACUAUUUGCACGACGUGUGUUCCACCGCUAUUGUUAAUACAAACCGUUUUAAAUCCAAUUCACACCCAACGGAACGCAAUCGUAGCGCGGGGAACACACCGCAAUAAAGGAGCGAGAUUUUUUUAUAAGUAUACAAAUAGCUGUAUUUAGUAAGCUUAAAGUGUAUUAAAUAAAGAAAAAAAAAACUUAUAUAAAAAAUUAUUGAAACCGGCCAUGUAUUUUAAAAUGUUAAAACGCUAUCCAUGUACUGAAUUAUCGCUAACACGUUAGUUAAGGCCUGAAGAAUAUUUGAUGCUGUAUUUUUGCAACAAGGAUGUAUGUAUGAGACCCUUUACCUACUGCCAUGAAUUUAGGAAAGCUUAAAUGUCAGUUUUGACGUACAGAACUUGGAAAUGAUGGCGCCAAAAAUAAUAUGUAUGUGAUUUUUUAAAAAGUACUUUUUGUGUUGUUUGUUAAAUUAAUUUUAAUUGAUCAACAAUUUGUAAUAAAUAAAUAAGAAAUACUAUUCAAAUAAAGAUUCAAUGUAAUAAUGUAAUUCGUAUAAAUUGAUUUUUAUAGAUUUUAACAUUUUUUUUAAAACUGAAUUGCUUUUAUAUUUUUUUUCGUGCGCAUAAAUGCUCCACGUUCUGUACGUUAGAGUCUUUAGUUGUUAGAAAAUGUAAAUAAGAUUGCACUCGACGAUAUCAUUCACUACAUUUAUGAAUUUAUAUAUAUAUAUAUAUAUAUAUAUAUAUAUAUAUUAUAUUAAAUAUUGUUUAUUAUAUAUGAAUCCUCAUGAUUAAGAGACAGACCAAGAUUGCGUUGAAAUAAUAUAAAAACUCUCAAUUGAAUGAAUCUUAAAUAUGAAUAGUUUCGAAUUACUAUUUCGAAUAAUCAAGUGUGGCCAUUUUAUAUAUCCAAGCGAGUGAUCGGAUUCGUCGGUUGAAUAUUUCCUUCUAAGCAACAAAAUUAUACAGUUUCUUCUUAAAAUAGUCAUUCUUAAAAUAGACAUUCCAUAUUACCUUAUAAUUAUGACUCAUUAAGGUACAAAUUUGCAUGUAACAUGUCAUUCGUCUCGCGUUCUGACAAUAAUUUUCGGUUUUAAGAGAGUUUUAUACUGUACUUAUUUCAUUGGGGUUUGUUUCCAUGAAUUUGAAUUCCGAAGUGUCGAAUCCAAAUUUAUAGUCAUAGUAAAAUUAUGUCAAUAGAUGGCGCUUAACACUUUGUAAAUCCCACUAUUAAAUUACCCGAACGGUCUACAGAUUAUAUUAUUUUAAUAACGUUUCCUUUGGAAUUUUAAUAUCGAAUUCCUGUUACGUUUUUUUUUAUACAACUUAGAAUAGCAAACAAGCUGACGGCCCACCUGACGGAAAGUGGUAACCGUCGCCUAUAGACAUGAGCAGUAACAUGGACGUAACAGAGUAUACUGUUUCGCCCAUGAUACCCCCUAUGCAUUGCUAUUCCUGAGGAAUUCCUAAUUGUAAAAGUUUUCAUUGUAAGUCAACUAUAAGAUAAUAUAUAUAUAUUACCAAUUUGUUCAUAUAUAUAUAUAGUGCUUAGUGCAAGUGCACUAAAUACGAUCGCAUUAAUUGGGUACCUAUUAUCGCCGAAGUUGAAAUUUGGAUUUAAUUCUAAUCAACCAAUCAGGAGCGUUAAUUUUUAACCUAACGAUGGUCGAGAUCGAGUACGUUUUAAACUCGCACUAAGCACUCGAUUCAUAUUCAGAAAUGUAGUGAACGGAAUCCUAGUUUAGUAUCAAUUGAACAUGACGAGUAACGUGUUCAUAGUUCGGUCAAUCGGUACGUGCUAAUGCGAAGGUCACUCGGGAACCAGUAUGGCGCUUAUGAUCACUUGUAAUCACAAUUCAGAGAAUAAACUGUUAAUUAUCGUCAUCAUCAUCAUCAUAUCAGCUGGUAACUGUCUGCUGAAGAUAGGCCUCCUCCAUAAAGGGAGGUUUUGUUAAUAGUUACCACACUUGGCAGGCGGGUUGGCAACUGCAGUUAGCCUUUGGUAAUGUUUUAAGGACGCUGCUGUUCAUCCUUUGUCCGUUAAGUUAGAAAGAAAGGAGGUGGCCUAUUCUAUGCCGGGACCACACGGCGUUGUUAAUUAUGUGCUCGUUUUAUGCCACGGGCGGAUUUAUUAUGCUUAUAUUAUAUUUAUUAUACUACAUUUCAUAUAUUUAUUUAUUAAAGCUCAAACCGCGGACAUGUUUUAUAUUCAUUACUUAAUAUUUCCCAAAUUUGUUGUUAUAGAGAGCUAAGUUUUUGUGACUUUUCAUUUACCACUUUUUAUUGCAUGAUGCGUAAAAUUACAAUUAAAAAUUAUAAUUAUCACUUUGUGGUUUGUAUACUUAGAACUGCGGUAACAAAUUUCGGAAAUAUUAUGUGAUGGAUUUAAAAUACCAGUCACAAAUAACGGUCUGCGAUUCGAGUGUUAAAGAAGUUAAACUUGACUAAUAUACUAUAACACGUGCUCAAUACAUGUUUAAAUAUCUUACUACAAAAAGUUGUCUAAGAUCUAUCUUAGACAAGUUUUUGUAGUAAUUUUAAAUUUCAAAUAGUAAAUUUUAUUAUAAUAAUUUAUAUAUUUUGGUACAUAAAUUUGGAAAUAUUUUUAUUUAAUCACUUAGGGUUAUGUUAUUGUUAAGAUAAACAGUUUUUUAAAUCCUUUUUUUAUAGUUAGAUACACUGAUUUAUCAAAAUAAGAAAAUAUAUAUAAUUUUAUUAUUAUUAAAUGUUUUACUUAAACUUGUGAGUUCAAGUUGUCAUAAGCGCCAUUAUUGAGUUGAAAGUUGUAGCGCCUAAUAGCUUAGGACCCGUGAUACCAACUCUUGGAUUUCGUACGCCGUGCACUUUUUGCCAAUAUUUAUAGUUACCGUAAAAAUUGAAUUUUGUCUAUAGAAUGAAGAAAAUAAACAAUAUAUUCGAAAUAGAGAAAAAAAAAACCAUUGAAUUUUAGAGAUUUUCAUGUCUAAAGUUCAUUAGUUUUUUUUUAAUGUCAUGUAGGUAUUACUUAAAAAAUUGUGUUAUUUGGGGCGAGAUUAAAACAAUUAAAGUUAGAAAAUGUACUUAAAUUAACGGAAAUAUUGUUUAUAUUUCGUCUCACAUAUGAAUAGACUGUGUGUAUAUAUUUUCAGUAUACAGACGCGCUUCGCGCGGUUGUAAAAAUUCUGUAUGUAUACAUACAUGUAAUAUGUAUACAUUCAUGUUGCGUUUGUAUGUAAAUAAAUUUAGUAUUUGAUAUAUGAUUUUAAUAUCAUCGAUGUGAAUGGGAACCAUACUUCAUUCAUACACGCACAUUGUAUUGACAUCCGCUGAAAUAAAGGGCUAGUCUAAUUAUUUAAACAGUAACAAUUGUUUAUCAGUACAUUUGUUUCGUAUAUACAUGUAUAUUUUUUUCUACUUUUAUCUCAUUGUACAUUCAGUAAAUAACCCCAGUAUAUUACGUAUUUAGACAUUUUUAUACUUAAUUCAGGGAUUGUAAUACUCAAUGUAGUCAUUAUAGUACUUGAUUCGGUUAUUAUAAUACCAAAUUCAGUAAUUAUAAUACUCAAUUCCGCCAUUAUCGCACUCGAUUCGGUUAUUAUAAUACCAAAUUCAGUCAUUAUAAUACUCAAUUCAGCCAAUAUCGCACUCGAUUCGGUCAUUAUAAUACCCAAUUCAGUAAUUAUAAUACUCAAUUCCGCCAUUAUCGUACUCGAUUCGUCAUUAUAAUACCAAAUUCAGUUAUUAUAAUACUCAAUUCAGCCAUUAUCGCACUCGAUUCGGUCAUUAUAAUACCAAAUUCAGUCAUUAUAAUACUCAAUUCCGCCAUUAUCGCACUCGAUUCGGUCAUUAUAAUACCCAAUUCAGUAAUUAUAAUACUCAAUUCAGCCAUUAUUUGAUUCAGUCAUUUUAAUACUAAAAGGAUGACAAUUAUGAAAUAUAUUUAUAAUGAGUGACUGUUAGUUCUAUAUUCAUUGAUUGUCGACAAUCAAUACAAGUAUAUUUGUUCGAUUAGCCAAAAUGACUGAAUAUGUACAAAACUGUUUUAGAUAAUGAGGCAUCAUAUUUUUUUACGUUAUAAUAAAUAACACAAUAAUACGAGGUUUGUCCGGAAAGUACGUAUAAAAGUUUUUUAAAAAUUUUAUUUUACAAUUAUUCAGGUAAAUCAAUUUUAUCCCCUUCAAAGUACUCCCCCUGUGACAUAAUGCACUUGUGCCAACGCCGUUUCCACUGUGAGAAGGCUCCUUGAAAGUCCUCUGGUUGUAGGUUUCUCAGCUGCCCCGUCGUAGCUUUUUUUAUCUCAUUUAUGUCCCCCAAAUGCCGCCCCCGAAGUACCAAUUUGGUUUUUGGGAACAAGAAGAAGUCACACGGGGCCAAAUCCGGCGAAUAGGGGGGGUGUUCGGUCACCGUAAUGGAAUUUUUACUCAAAAACUCACGGACAACAAGAGAGGUGUGGGCAGGGGCAUUGUCGUGGUGAAGAAUCCAACGCCCCUCUCGCGCCAAUUCUGGACGAACUCGUGCCACACGAGCUUUGAGGCGUCUGAGCACAUCGACGUAGAAUUUUCCAUCAACUGUCUGGCCUGGAGGGACGAAUUCUUGAUGGACAAUCCCCCGAACAUCGAAAAAAACAAUCAACAUUGUCUCGGCCCUCUCUGAAUCUUUUUAGCCACUUGUGGACGGUUGGUUCCUUCACAGCAUCAUCCCCAUAAACUGUUCUGAGAUCGGCAAAAAUUUCACGGCCAUUCUUGCCGAGUUUCGAGAGAAACUUGAUUACGACGCGCUGCUCUUCAACGGAAGCGGGCUCCAUGCCGACGGGGUUUCGUUAAGAGGUAACUUCACAGAUGGCGUGACAAGCCAGUUCGCACCGCACGGUGGUCAGACCAGAACUGAAGCAUUGUUAGGGACAUAAGGAAGGGGUCCUGCGCUUACCUGGCCUCCCCACUCCUCUUUCUCGCAUUCCAGAACACUUUUAUACGAACUUUCCGGACAGACCUCGUACAUAAUUUUCAUUGCCUAUUUUCAUUAAUACAUUUAAUUAAAUUGUAUAGGUUAUUUUACGUUUAGUACAAUUUGAUAUAUAUUUGUCAUAGAUAUAUUAUUACAUAUUUUUUAUUAUAUUUUUCUAUCAUGACCAUCAACACGUAUAAAAAAAAGAAUUAUUAUUAUUAGUUGUAUAGUAGAUAGAUAAUUUGUAUAGGGUUUUGUCAGGUGAUUUUUGUAUAGUGUUUGGAAGGUUUUUGCGCGUCGCGACUGGCUUGCACAUGGACUAUAUGUAAUUAUAUAUAAGUAUAGUUUAAAAAACCACGUAUUUUAUUUUUGAUUUUAUUAUAGAACCAUAUAUUUUUUAUAGCGUCUUUUUUAUUUUAAUAUUAAAAGGUAUGUAAUGAAAUUUGUUGCCCAAAAAAAUAACAGUGACUUGUAAGAAAACAUGCUGAUAAACGAUGAGAUGUUGGUUGAUGCAUUAGAAUAAAAUAUUUAAAUAUAGAACGCGCAAUCGUGUGUCUACAAAUUAUACUGGAAGUAGUUUUUUUUUUUUUUUUCACAAGGAACUGUGAAAAAUCGUUGCAAAAGUACUAUGGGAUCAAGGAGGGUCUCAAUUCAUAUGUAUUUUUUUUUUGUAUAUAUGUUACGCAAUAUCUUUUUUUUAACCGAUGUUUAUUUUUGCAAUGGAUAGUGUGUAUAAUUAACCCAUACUAAACUUUACGUGAUUUAAGUUAGUUUAUUUUGUGCAACUUUCUUAUUAUUAAUUUAUUAAAUUAUUAACAUUUGUAUUUCUAUUGAAUACAUUUCGAAGUUACAAAUAAAUCAUGAUACAUUUUUAUAGUCCCAUCGCAUGCCAGUCGUGAAUUUAAGUUAAGCGCCUCUGAGCGUCGUUUGUACCAUAAAAAAAGGGGGAAAGUACGUAAUUCCCCUCUCUUUUGUUGUUUUAACGCCUGUCUAUCCGACGAAUGGAUAGCGUGAUAUUUGUUAUUAUAAUUUGUUAACGUGUGGGUGCUAGAUUCUGUUUUCUUUUUUGUUAAACGUAUGUUGCCAUUUUGAAUUAUUUGAAUAUUUGUAUACGGGAUUAUGAAUUGCCUUGUCAUUGUAUUUUGUUUGAAAAGCCCGUAUGUAAUACUCAUUGUGCGUAGACCUGACUCAUCACAUAUCACAUAAUUAACAAUAAUGAUAUUUUCCGUAUGUGUAACCAUACACAUGAAUAUAUUAUAUUACGUGAAUACAUCGCGCGAAUGAUAUAAAUGUAAUUGACCGAAUGAUUGAACGAUAAGCGUUCGAUUCGUUCAAUCUGUAAAUUCUAGCCAUAUUAUAUAAUAAAUAAAUGUGACAAUUUAAUACAUAUUAUAAUUUGUGUAAAUGCCUUCAUAAUGGUAUUAUAAAUGAAUGAAAAAAAAAAUAAACAUAUAUUUUACAUUUACAAAAUGAAUAAAAAUGUAAUUUUGUACUCCAUAAUUUGUUAAGCAGAUUCAAAGUUUCAAUGCCUAUGUUUACAUAUUAUAAAAUACAAAAUAUUAUAUGUAUAUGUUAAAUGGUGUUUUAUAAUAUGUAAACUAACUAAUUACGAUUUCCUUGAUAUGUGUUCGUAUGUAACAUAACAUAAUCUUCCUUUGGUCUUUGCGAGCAGUAUGUCUGGAUGUAUUCAGUAGUUACAGUGUAUUAAAAAAAAAAAAAAUAUUGGGCUUUUUUUUUAAUUUGUUCGCGAGACCAAAGUCUCAACGGAGCUGUAAAUGACCUAUUAAACUAAGAACCUAUGCUAUGCUAUACUAUAACUGCUUAAGGAACUUACUGGUUAAUAUUGAAAAAAUAAUUAAAUCAAAAAUAUAUAA